AAGCAGCUGAUAAAUGUUGCAAAGACCCAAAUAUAGGUUCAGCUAAUGAACUCCCUGCACUCGCGUUGGAGCUGGCAGCAUAAUCUGCUCCCCCCGAGCAGGUUCAGCCUCAUCUCCUUGCAGUGAAACAUGAAAGGGCUCAUGCUGCCUCUGCAUGGGGACUGCAUGACCUCCUUUCUGUUCGAGAUGCUUUCUGGCACUAUCAAACACUCCUGCUCUGUAGCUGGAAGUGCUCUUUAAUGUGCGUCUCUUCAUGACUCACGGAAGGAGAAGACUCCUUAUCAACGGGGCAGCAAGAGCACCAAAAUCGAUAACAUGCCUCAAAGUCCCCACUUGCAAACGCCGAACUCCAGCCCUUGGCUAAGGGCUACUUCUGGUUUCUGUAGUGGCUCUCACGGCGGCGACAACCCAGCUCUGCGAUAACCCCUGGACCUCGCGUGGCAGUGGACGGAUCCGUCCAGGAAAGCCGGGCGGCUCCCGAGCCAAGCGGAGCGGUUGUGCCUCCUUCGUCUGCCUGACUCUUCCCAGAGCCUUAAAACUGCCCGAGGAGUGCUGGCCUUGCAGCUGGUGUGGAUUUAUGGCCAAAUAUUUCGAAUUUGACGUGCUCUUGUCCUGUGGGUUGGCUCGGGCAGGAUGAAGAUGACUUUGUGGUCCCUGCUGAACGGCACAUGAAGCUGGAAGAGAAACUGAGUGGUGUAAGGAGGGAAAGGCAUGAAUAACCGGCGAGCGGGAGAGCUUGGAGUCACGUGGGGAGGUUUUGCUGGAGGUGUAGCAGUGUGGCCAGGAGGGAGGAUGUGGUUUUCUGUUGCCUCUGCUGGUUGCCAUGGAAAAGCCGUCAGAAAGCCGGGCUUCCUGCAGCACGGGGCUGCGGGAGCUCCCCCGGCCGCAGCUCUGCCAAGUCCUCUGCUCCCUGCGGUUGCGCCGACGGGGAUCGAUAGCACAGACGCUUUCCUCCGUCGUUAGGCAGGAUGGGACUGGAGGAAUUCAUGGGGGCUUCUUGGGUGCUUUGCAGCUUGCAAGACCCUCUGGGACGAGACAAGUGUUAACAGUGACCUAUGUGGGGAAACUGAGGCGGAGAAGAGCCCAAAUUGGGCAAAACUGAUGUAGGACGUGGAGAGGAGCUCAGGUCUGUCUGCAAUGCUUGGGCUGUACUAACCUUCUGGGGACCUGUGCAGCUGGUAGGAGCAUGUUAUUGCCCAGAAACGCCUUUGCCUGUUGUGCAGUGCAGAAAGCCUUCGUGCUCAUGAACACAGGAACAAAACAAUAGUCUUCCUCUUCUCUGCAGCAAGCCGGGGAUAAAGUUUCUAAUGAACUUUUGUGGUGAGAUACGCAACUUCCCUGCAGCAUAAAACAAACUGGAAGGAAAAAAAACCCACUGUGCUGGGCUUCCUGUGUCACAGGGCUGGAGAAAUUCAAGCACACCAGCACUUUCCUCUCCACCUGCAAGCAAUUAACCUCUUGUGAGCACUGAGGUUACUUAAUAAUUUAAUGGAGGGCGGGAUGAAGCUGCUGUGCGCUGCGCUGCUGGCCGCCGGCCUCCUCGGCACCGCCGUCCGCGCCAAGGAGAGGGACGACGGGCGCCCGCGGACCUGCUUCUUCGAGCUGCUGAGCAGCCGGGACAACAAGUUCUGCAGAGGGGAUUUGGAAGUGGUCUACCCCGAGCUGGGCGACGUGGGCUGCACCUACAUCCCCGAGUGCAACCAGUACCGGCAGCGCGUCAGCAGGGAGUGGAGCAGCCCCCGGGUCCGGUACGCGCGGGCGGACAAGAGCAAGAAGUACGUGUUGGUCAUGGUGGACCCGGACGCUCCCAGCCGAGCGGAUCCGAGGAACCGCUUCUGGAGACACUGGCUCGUCGCCGACAUCCGAGGCACCGAUCUGAGGGCCGGCACCCCCAAGGGCCGCGUGCUGACAGAGUACGUCCGCCCGGCGCCGCCGCCCCGCAGCGGGUACCACCGCUACCAGCUCCGCCUGUACGAGCAGCCGGCACACGAGGCCGUGGCCCUGAGCGCCGAGGAGCAGCGCACGCCGGGUGCCUGGUCCCUGGAGCGCUUCGUGGAGCGGUUUCGGCUCGGCUCCGCCGUGGCGUCGACCCAGUUCCUCACGAAACACCACGGCGAUUAGCCGGGGUGGCCGCGAGCCCCGCCGCCCCCCUCCCCGCGCCGCACGGCCCGGCCCCCGCUGAGCCACCCGCCGCGGGGGCACCCCCGGCCGCCCCGUCCCCGUCCCCGUCCUCCCCAGCCGCACUGCUGCUUGCAGAAUAAAGCGUGGAUGGAGCA